ACAUUAUUGUACGUUUAUCGUUGUAGGUCGCCCAUCUAUAUAAACCCACAGGGUCCAUACCGGAAGCUACCUCUGCAACGCCCUUCGAAAUAGCCCAAAAUGGCAGAUACCUCCUCUCCCUCGAAACCGUUCAAACAGGACAACGAGAACGAAACGGCCCAACAGAUCUUGGUAACCGAUCACGUCCUUCCGGCCACGGGCAAUGAUGCCUCUGGGAACUCGUACUGUGAAGACAGUCUCGAUGACAAGAAGGAUGCGUAUGGAUUCGACAAGAAGGAACGAGACGAUGUGACCGAAUCGAAAGAUACCACGAACUACCCGAAAAAACUCAACCCGACCGCAGCCACCUUUAUCUUCCAGAGCAAAGAUGGGUCGAGGCCGAACCGUUCUCCUCGCUCGUCCUUGAGCAGUUCUUCCCCACGAGGCUCUCAACGUCCUGGUGGGGAUGGGUUUGUCCCCCGGACCCCUUCCUCUCAGAGUGGUCGUGGAGGAGGUCCUUCCGGGCGGACCCCUUCGUCCGCUCGACCUCGAGGUCAGACCCCGAUCAGUUCGCCUUCAACUCCGGUCUCUGAGAGUACGGCUGCGACAAUCGGAGAUGGUUCUGUUGUGAGCAACGGUAACGAGGGGGGUGUCAGGCAGGCAAAGGGUGUUACUGCUGCACCUGUAAACCGGGAACCUCGAGGUUACGUGCCGCCUCCGCCUACCAAACGAGAAAAACUUUCCGAGGCCGAGCUCGAAGAAAAGAUGGCCCGUAUGCGUCUCGUCAAUGCCGAAGCCCUCGCACGAUCCCAAGCUCAAGCUAGGGAUGCCGAGGUCUACGCUGCCGAAGCUGCCAAAGCCGAUCAGGCGGCCAUUGAGAGGGAAGAGGAACGUCGUCGGAAAGCCAAGGAGGAGAAGGAGAGGAGGCUGAAUGAGCAGACCAGGGUGGACGAGGAGAGGGAGAGGGCGAGGAAGGUCAAGCUGGCCAGGCUGAAGGCGAUGGGAGGUGGUGGAGAAGAAGAUGGAGAGAGGGUCGAGCAGGAGCUCCCUUCGCGAGAAUCGGGCUGGGGUGGACAACAGGGUCAGAGGGGAGGUGGUUGGAACGGGGGGCGUGGGGGGUACGGUCGACGGGACGAGGAACGGUCCAGCUGGAGCGAUCGACGGGAUCGAGGUGGUCGAGGUGGUGAGGACCGGGAAGGUGCAGGUGCCAGCUCGAGAGGGGGUCGAGGUCGACGAGGCGGACGUCCAGAACAGGCAUCGGGCCGUCAGUCGACGUCGAACAGGAAGAACGAUGCGCCUGCCGUCAACCCGGAAGUUGAGGUCAUGUCAAACCCGGUCGAGCCGGUAGGCACGCUCGACGAUGUGGAAAAGGCGGCGGCGGCCAGUUGGGCAGACUCCUACGCCGAGGACGACAAGUAGGGGAAGCGAUGAGAUUCAGGGAGAAGGAUGUGACUAUGCAGGAUCGCGAGUUGUGAUAUCCAACUUGUACAUCAGCAUAGGAAUGAGCGUCAGGCGAGUAAUUCUCUCUUGUUUGAGCGU